CAAGGUUUCUUAUCGAUAUUAUUUAGCGGCGCUUAUCGAGUCAUUAAACGCCUGGUACCUGGGUCGCGUCGGCACGCGCCCACAUUCACUUCAAGUACAGCAUAGUCUCGUGUGAACUAUAAAGAUACGCAGCGGCUUCAAUAUCUUGUGAUGGCGAUACGUUAUUCCCAAUAGAAAAGACAUCCAAAAGAUAGCCUCCACAGCAGAUCUGUUUACCAUCCAUGCCACGAUAAGACUUUAUCUUGGACACAAUGGGGCGGAAGGCCUCGACUACGGAAUGCGACACUGACGCCGCCUCCCAAUCGCGUUCAACGAAGUGCUUAAGUGAGGAGGAAGUCUUGCAACCCGUAUCAAAGACCAUCGUGUCGGACGACUGGCCAAUUUACCUUCUCAAGGAUGCUGUUGUAUAUGGGAAGGAUGGCGAGACUCUGGCCAACCUUCUGCACACUGAGCUCGAGGGCCCUUUCUCAAUCCGUGGGAAGCUUGUGGUUGACCGGGAUUACCAUCAUUUCCGCAUCUUAAAAGAUAAAGAAUAUAAAGAUUGCUUGGUGGAGGUUACCAAUGUGCGGAGCUUCAGCAUCGGCGAUGGUCCGAUAACACUUUGGGCAAACGGGAAAGCGGGCUGGUUCGAAAUCAAGCCAGCACCGAUAUAUCAAGAAAUUUAUAACAGGAUGACGGAGGCAAUUGAGCUGUAUUAUAUACUUUGCGACAUACAUACGGACACAAAAUCGCGGGGCAAAGGGAAGAGCCAGAAGCCUCCCGACGCAGAACAGGUUCUUGAUAAGUGUAUUAAAGAAAAAGGAAAUAAGUUUACGCAGGCUAAGAUGAAGAAGCUAUGCUUGGAACAUGCCAAGUUCUUGCUUUCGCAGAUGAAAAACAGAAGUUCGGCCGAAAUGGGUUGGAAGACUACACCAUUCUUCAAAUGGCUGGUGCAGAAUUCACCAGAUGUCACCAAGCAGCUUACCGGUAGGCAGGCAAGCAUAAGCGCCACUGAUCAAUCUGGUGGCAAGGGGAAACCAGCAUCGUCGCAGGCGGCGGCCAAAAGGAAGCCGAUGGGCACGGCUGCCACCAUUGUCCAAUUUAUGAACGACUUACACACAUCGGGUUUCCUACGAAUACCACGAAUGAAUAUUAGGUCCCUGGCACGAAUUAUGUAUGAACGGUUCGAAAUCAUCGACGAAGACCUCGCAAAAGAAGUUAUUCAAGUGCACGCCAAGACGAUAUACCACGGGUUGGGCGAAGAGUGGGCUGGCAGCCCUAUAUACCAUAAACUUGAAAUACUUUCUAUAGGGAAACAGAAGGUGUCAGAUGCCGAGUGUCACAAGCAAGCGAUUGGAUUGGUGUUGCUAAUGCGCGACGGCGUAGAAGAUGAAAAGCGUGAAGUUGCAGAACUCUCGCCGACUCCUGAACCUGUGCACAGAAGAGCAGGCAGGGGGGCUGGAAAGGGGGCUGGAAAGGGGGCUGGAAAAGCCGCUGGGCUCCGGUUGAAGAGCACACCUGCCAGCCAACAGAAGCGGUCGCCGACACCAUAUGACGAUGAGCCUGAUAUGAGGUCCGCAAAACGACAGAAAAUGAAAGGUGCCGCUGUGAAAGAAGAAUCCGCCAAAGACGAAUUUGAGGAAGGUGAGGACGAAGGAGAUGACGAGGACGAACUGUCGAUAGAGUUUGAUCUUGAGUCCACUGCCCUCCCCUCAUCGGCUCCUCAAGGCCCAAAUGGACUCUGGGCAUGUCACAAAGAGGCUUGCGGGCACACGAUCCCAAAUGCAGAUGAACCUGACGGCCGGGCCAAAGUGCAAAGCCAUUUCUUAUGGCACGCGGAUGAAAUUGCAGCUAGGGAGUAUCUCGUUAUUGAAGCGCAAAGACCCUAUCUACCUAUCAGUAAUUUACUAGAUAAGUUGAAGAGGUUAGGGGAAGUGGCGAGGUUGAGAGAGGAUGAUGGGGAGAAAACUGCAGCUGGAAAGGAUGCGCCGGCGCCGAUUAAAAGGAGGCUAGCGGCAUGAUCGUGCUUCAGCAGGAUAUAGGAAGUGUGAAUGUUUACCUGUACCUCUAUAGUGUUAGCGUUGGCUGGAAUUUGCCGUACUGGUCUUGAAACAUUUGGGUUGCUGGCGGGGGCGGUCAGGAGUUGAGAGUCGAGGGCUGGUGGACAUUAUGAGGAAACAUAGCUUACCAGCCUUAUAUGAUUAUUAAUAAAUAUUAUGUUUCGAUGGGAAAUAUUGCAUUUGGCUUGGAAGGUGAGAGUUGCGUGCUUCCGUUGUCACGAAGGCCCCUCACAAUGUGAGUGACUUGGGCCAUAAUUCAACCAGCCACACUUGCUACUGAACGUUGAAAAUGACCCAGUGACUAGCUAUAAUCAUGAACUAACAUGCAUACUUUGGCAAGGAAUUUGGGUUUUUGCAAGAUUGGUCUCCUAUUUUGGUGUUGUGUUGCAUCUCACAAAAUUUGAAUAUCGGCAAGUGCCGUCGUUUGGAUGUUUUUGGGUGUUGGAAGUGCUACGCUCUGGUUGUGUACUACAGUACGGAUAUGUUACUUCACCCCAAUACACGAAUU